CUGUUGAACCAGCGAGAGCCCAAUACAAUGAGUUUUGAUGCCGAUUGUGAUGAGUUUAUUCGAAACAAACUAUUCCGUACCAGAGGGAAAUGUACCAUAUAUGCCCGGCAAUCGGAUGUCUGCGUAGCGGUGAAGCAAAAGUCCAUAUCCCGAGCCACUGCACCCACUUUGGCCAUGGCGGAGGGCAACAACAACAAUGUGAUCAACAUGCGGCAUGACAUUUGGUUCCACAUAUCAAUGCACAUUGACCCGGAGGACGUGCAGACCUUUGCUCUCAUAUGUAAACAAACCGCCAGGCUGGUGGCUUCUCGGGCCUUUUGGCGCAAUCUUUACCGUCGUCACUGCACCGGAGCCACCUCUGGUUGGAAUAUGGACCUGCCGACCGAGCUGCAGCUGGAGCCGAUACGCAAUUGUGAUACCCGGGCGCUCAGAUCCCUUGUCAUAGAGGCGCUCUUCCACUGCCACCGACCGCUGAAGGUUCGCCUGGAGCUAGGUUAUAACCUGGACUGGAUGUUACAGCGCAUCUUUGUGUCCUGUUGGCAGACGCAGUACCAGUGUCUGUGGAUCAUGUGCUACAAGUUUUGGAACCGACAGUCCCAUGAGCAGGACGAAACGGAGGCGGACACGAGUGAAGUCGUUAAUGACUGGGAAUCGCUGGCGGAUGAUGAUGCGGCCAAGCUAGCUCCAACUUUUGGUAAUGCCCACGAGGGUGUGGUUCUGCUUAUUGUUCUGUGCCGCCACUUCGUGCCAACUCCCAACCAGCUAGCCUAUGGCCCUCAGCAGGCACGUUACCGUCUGCGGGCCACCCGGGAACUCCUCUGCACGGAUAUGCGGGCCAAGAACCUAGAGCUGGACUUCGCUGAGGAUGGCUGCCGAAAUGUGUCGGUAACCGUUAAGCACGCUCGCAUCGAAAAGUACAAAGUAUUGCCCUGGUGGCAUCCGGACUUCCAGAGAUUCGUUAAAUAAAACCCACGCAACGCAA